AAAAAAAAAAAGUAAAAAGAAAAAGUUAGAAUUGAAUAUAUUAGUACCAGCACACAGAGCACACACAUAGUAACCAGUGCCAGUAUCUUAAAUUCGUAGCAUGUGAGAUUUAAAGAGAGAAACUGAAACCUUUUGUCCCUUCCUCCAUCACUACUAAUCAAUUCCUUUUUUUUCAGUUUCUUUUGCUCUCCUGGUAAUUUUAUCAAACACCUUCCCUGCAUUCAUUCAUAUGAAGACCAGCGCCAAGUUCAUCGUUCUCCACCCUUCCGUACACAAGACCACCGGCGGCGGCGGAGGCCCCACCGCCGCCUCCCAUCGGGCGUGGCUCGCGGUUUUCGUACUGUUCUUCAUCUUCAGUUUCGCGUUCACGCUGUUGACCACCAGGGACGCCGCCUCCGCCGCAAAGGCAGCCGCUAGCGCCGCCGCGAGGGCAAAAUCCCAGCUACCCGACCCUGUAUUCGACGCCCUCCUCCACUACGCCGCCGCGAACGCCACCUCCUCCGGCCGAAUGUCCUCCGUGGAGAUGAGCCACAUCGCCUCCGUCCUCCGCGGCUGCGCCGCCCCCUGCAACCUCCUCGUUUUCGGCCUCACGCACGAGACACUCCUCUGGAAAUCCCUCAACCACAAGGGGCGCACCGUGUUCGUCGACGAGAGCGCGUAUCUGAUCUCCAAAUUGGAAGAGAAGCACCCCUCAAUCGAAGCGUACGACGUUCAAUUCACGACGAAGGUCAGCGAAUUGUACGAUCUGAUCGAGCACUACAAAGGGGAAGUCACCAAGGAGUGCCGCCCCGUGCAGAACCUCCUCUUCUCCGACUGCAAAUUGGCCAUAAACGACUUGCCCAACCACAUCUACGACGUCGCUUGGGACGCGAUUCUCGUGGACGGCCCCCGGGGAUACUCCGGCGCGGCGCCGGGGAGAAUGAUGGCGGUGUUCACCGCCGGAGUUCUGGCCAGGAGCAAAAGGGGCGGCGCUCGUGAGACGCACGUGUUUGUUCACGAAUUCGAGAGAGAAGUGGAGAGAGUUUGCAGCGAUGAGUUUCUCUGCAGAGAGAAUUUGGUUGAAGUGAAAGAUUCGUUGGGGCAUUUUGUGAUCGGGAAAAUGGAGGCCGAUCGCCGGAGGUUUGGGUUUUGUUCAGUUUCCGGUGCAUCUGUUUCUCCUAAAGCUAAAUCAACUUGAUUGCUUUUUUCUUAUUUUAUUUAUUUAUUUUUAAUAUUUUUAUUUU